CUUGGACUAAGAAAUGGCUGCCGAUCUCAAGCUCGCUGCCUUCUUCCUCCUCGCCGUCGCCUCGCUCCCUCUGCUCGUCGUCGCCGACUGCGACUGCGAGGCCAGCACGGAUGAAGGCAACGACAAGGCGAGGGCGCUCACGCUCAAGAUCGUGGCCAUCUUCUGCAUCCUAUUCGCGAGCUCCGUGGGCUGCGCGAUCCCCUCGCUCGGCCGUAGGUUCCCGGCCCUCCGCCCGGACACCGACCUCUUCCUCGCCGUGAAGGCCUUCGCCGCGGGCGUCAUCCUCGCCACGGCCUUCGUGCACAUGCUCCCGGAGGCCUUCGACAAGCUCGGCUCGCCGUGUCUCGUCGACGGGCCCUGGCAGAAGUUCCCGUUCGCCGGCCUUGUCGCCAUGCUCGCCGCCAUCGCCACGCUCGUUGUCGAUACCAUCGCCACGGGCUACUUCCAGCGCGCGCACGCCAAGACCGCCACGUCCGUCGGGGACGUGGAGACUUCGGACCACGCGCACGGCGGCCACGGCCACGCGCACGGCGUGGUGUCCGCGAUCGCGUCGUCGUCCACGUCCAACGCCGACGGCGGCGCGCAGCUCAUACGCCACCGCGUCAUCGCGCAGGUGCUGGAGCUGGGGAUCAUAGCGCACUCGGUAAUCAUCGGGAUGUCUUUGGGUGCAUCUGAGAGUCCCAGCACGAUCAAGCCGCUCGUGGCCGCGUUAACGUUUCAUCAGUUCUUCGAAGGAAUAGGGCUUGGAGGAUGCAUUGUUCAGGCCCAAUUCCGUCUAAAAUCAGUGCUGACGAUGGCGCUCUUCUUUUCACUCACCACGCCGGUCGGAGUCGUGAUCGGCAUCGGGAUCUCCUCCACCUACAACGAGAACAGCCCCAGGGCCCUGAUCAUCGAAGGAGUCCUCCACGCCGCGGCCGCUGGGAUCCUGAUCUACAUGGCGCUCGUCGACCUCCUAGCUGAGGACUUCAUGAACCCUAGGGUGCAGAACAAUGGGAGGCUGCAGCUCAUCAUCAACGUCUCGUUGCUGGUUGGGACGGCGCUCAUGUCCAUGCUCGCCAUAUGGGCCUGAACACUCGUGAAUAAUGACUCUCGAAUACGGUGAAAUAUCAACCUAUUUUCCUGGAUUUGGAUUUUCUUCUCCAUUUUUAUCUUGUUCUUGUGAGUAAUAAUUACUUGAUGAUUUCUCAUUUGUGUUUGUAAAAAGAAGAAUAUACCAAAUUCGAUGUAAUAAAUUGAAGUGCCAACGGCUAAACCCUUACCCGGCCGAUUUGUUCAGAAUUAUAAAAAGAGAAGCA